AUGCGGGCUCUGAGGGCGCUGCGGCCCCGCAGGCUCCUGGCCAUGGCGGCGGCGGCGGCGGCGGCGGCGGCGGCCACCGGGGGAGCCCGGAGGGGUCGGGUGUUGACCCCCGAAACGAUGAACCCCGCGAUCCGCCGGGUGGAGUACGCGGUGCGCGGCCCCAUCGUCAGCCGCGCCCUGGAGAUCGAGCAGGAGCUGCGAAAGUGGGACCCCAAGACUGGCCCGGGAGCCCAAGACUGGCCCGGGAGCCCAGUUCAGCAGCGGACUGACCCCCCCCAGUUUCAGUGUCCCCCGUGUCCCCCCCGGGUGUCCCCAGGCCAGGUGCAGAGCCGCGAGUGCAUCGAGGAAGUGAUCAAAUUCGCCUACGACGAGAAACUUUUCCUCAUGGCCGACGAGGUGUACCAGGACAACGUGUACGCCGAGGGCUCGGCCUUCCACUCCUUCAAGAAGGUCCUGAUGGAGCUGGGGCCGCCCUACUCGGAGGAGGUGGAGUUGGCCUCCUUCCACUCCAUCUCCAAGGGAUUCAUGGGAGAGUGUGGCCUGCGGGGCGGCUACGUGGAGGUGGUGAACCUGCACCCCGAGGUGAAGGCGCAGCUGGCGAAGCUCGUGUCGGUGCGGCUGUGCCCGCCCGUGCCCGGACAGCUGGUGAUGGACGCCGUCAUGGACCCGCCCAAACCCGGGGAGCCCAGCUACGAGAGAUUCCAGGCGGAGAAGGAGGCUGUGCUGGGCACGCUGGGAGGAUGGGAUUGGGAUUGGGAUUAG